CUUUUCCCCCUGAUCCUUCUCUCUUCACAUAUAUAGUCUUCGUGUAAAACAAAACCCACUGCUGGGACAGAAAAAUUCUAGCUCAAAUGAUCCUUCUCUCUUCACUUUGUCUUCGUGUAAAACGAAACCCACUGCUGGGACAGAAAAAUUCUAACUCAAACAAUCACAUUGAUAUGGUCUGGACAGUACUGCUCACAGGUAUGGAUGAGAGAAGGGAGAAAUUGAUUAUUGGUGAAAAGAAAGAAAGUGAACUUUAUACACCAUUUCCACACAUCUUUUGCUUUUCUUCUGUAUAUAUUUCUACACAACCUACUCUCUUCUUCUCUGCCUCUUCCACUCUUAUUUUUCUCACACUCUCUCUCUCUCACUGAAAGUCUCACACACUCCACGGAGUUUUUUCUUCUCUCUCGCACACCAUGCCACGACGUGGCGGUGGAAGAGGCAGAGGCCGCGGUACUGCUCCUUCUAGUUUCUCUCCGGUGCCUUCUCCGGCUGUUUCACAACCAUCAUCUGUCGCUUCACCGUCGAGUUCCGCUCCUCCUCCGCCUCAGCCAUCGUCAUCCUCGGUGGCUGAACUGACCAGUGGUGUCAAAGAGAGACUCACGUUGCAGGAUCGAGCGGCUCAGCCUUCGUCCUUGAAAGCCUUGGUCGUUCCGAGAAGGCCUGGCUACGGAAGCGUCGGAAAGAAAAUCCAAGUCCGAGCAAAUCAUUUUCUCGUUGAAGUCGCCGAUAGAGAUAUCCACCACUACGAUGUGACCAUAACGCCUGAGAUAACUUCAAAGAACGUGAAUCAGAGUGUAAUGACUCAGCUAGACACAAUCUACCGAGAGACACUUUUUGGUAACAGAAGGGCUGCUUAUGAUGGCAGAAAGAGCCUUUAUACUGCAGGAGCAUUGCCAUUUAUAUCCAUAGAGAUCAUUGUCAAGUUACAAAAUGAUGACCGUCCUGCAUCUUCAUCUUCCAGCUCUGCGAGAAAAGAACGCCAAUUCAAAGUGGCAAUUAAGUUGGUUUCUAAGCCUGACUUACAGCAUCUGAAAGAGUUUUUAGUCAGUAGGCAGUCAGAUGUUCCGCAAGAAACAAUUCAAGUUCUCGCUGUGGUACUCAGAGUGGAACCAUCAAUUAACUAUGCUGUUGUGGGGAGGUCAUUUUUUCAUCCUAGCUUGGCUACACAAGGUGAAUUGGGUGAUGGUAUUGAUUACUGGAGAGGCUACUACCAAUCUCUCAGGCCAACACAGAUGGGGCUUUCUCUAAAUAUAGAUGUGUCAGCCAGAGCAUUCUACGAACCACUUCUUGUGACUGACUUUCUUGCAAAACAUUUCCGUUUUAAUCUGUCAAGGCAUCUGUCUGAUCAGGACCGUCUUAAGAUUAAAAAGGCAUUGAGAGGAGUAAAAGUUGAGCUUACUCAUACAGAGUAUGCACAAAGUCACAAAGUCACUGGUGUUUCAACAAUACCAAUUAGCCAGUUAAUGUUUACCCUUGAUGACAAGGAAACAAAGACAUCAGUUCUUCAAUAUUUUCUUGAGAAAUAUGACAUUGUUCUCCAAUAUGCGUCUUUGCCUGCCCUUGAAGCUGGUAGUGAUUCGAAUCCAGUUUACUUACCGAUGGAGGUUUGUAAGAUUGCUGCUGGACAGAGAUACACUAAGAGAUUAAAUGAAAGACAGGUAACUAACCUACUAAGAGCAACAUGUCAACGGCCUAUUGAAAGGGAACGGAGUAUCACAGGGAUGGUAAAGCGAAAUGAUUUUAGUAGAGGUAAGCUUGUGCAUGAGGAAUUUGGAAUUGAAGUACGAGAAGGACUUACAACGGUUGAUGCACGAGUGUUGCCAUCUCCAAUGCUUAAUUAUCAUGAAACUGGGAGAGAAUCAAGGGAACAUCCUAAGAUGGGGCAAUGGAAUAUGAUAAACAAGAAAAUGGUCAAUGGUGGUAGAGUGUCAUAUUGGACAUGUGUGAAUUUCUCUACUCGAGUGAACAGAGAUUUUCCGUUCCAAUUCUGUGAUGAAUUGGUCAACAUGUGCAACAGCAAAGGAAUUGAUUUUAACCUAGACCCUUUGAUACCAAUACAUUCAGCUCAUCCUGGUCAAGUUGAUAGGGCUCUCAUGUAUAUUCACGAGCAGUGUGCAGCCAAACUUAAAGAAAUUGAGCCAGGAAAACAGCUUCAGCUGUUGAUAAUUAUUUUGCCUGAUGUCACUGGGUCAUAUGGGAAGAUUAAACGUAUAUGUGAAACAGAACUAGGAAUUGUUUCUCAGUGCUGUCAGCCCAAGCAAGCAUCAAAGCUUAGUAAGCAGUACCUUGAAAAUUUGGCUCUCAAGAUCAAUGUGAAGGCUGGGGGACGUAACAAUGUGUUAACUGAUGCUAUUCAAAAAAGAAUGCCUCUUGUAUCUGAUCGCCCUACAAUUAUAUUUGGUGCGGGUGUGACACAUCCACUACCGGGAGAGGACUCUAGCCCUUCGAUAGCUGCAGUAGUGGCUUCUAUGGAUUGGCCGGAGGUAACCAAAUACAGAGGACUCGUCUCUGCUCAGGAGCACCGUGAAGAAAUUAUCCAGGAUCUCUAUAAAUCAGUGCAGGAUCCUCAAAGGGGUUUAGUUCAUGGAGGCUUGAUCAGAGAACAACUUAUUGCCUUCAGAAGAGCAACCGGGCAAAAACCCCACAGGAUUAUUUUCUACAGAGAUGGUGUUAGUGAAGGUCAAUUUAGUCAAGUUCUGCUUUAUGAGAUGGAUGCAAUAAGAAAGGCCUGUCUCUCACUAGAGGAAAAUUAUCUGCCGAAAGUUACUUUUGUUGUUGUUCAGAAAAGACAUCAUACACGCCUUUUUCCUACAGAUAAUCAGACAGACAGGAGUGGCAAUAUUCAACCAGGUACUGUUGUCGAUACUAAAAUUUGCCAUCCAACUGGGUUUGACUUCUACCUUAACAGCCAUGCUGUAAUACAGGGGACUAGCCGCCCUACGCACUAUCAUGUGUUGUACGAUGAGAACAAUUUUACUGCAGAUCUGUUACAAGGGCUAACCAAUAAUUUGUGUUACACGUAUGCAAGGUGCACUCGAUCAGUUUCCAUAGUUCCUCCUGUAUGUUAUGCCCGUUUAGCAGCUUUACGAGCACGCUAUUACAUUGAGGGUGAUACAUCAGAUGGCGGUUCAACUGGGGGUGAGAACAGAGCAGAGUUCCGGCCCCUUCCUCUGAUCAAGGAUAACGUCAAAGAUGUCAUGUUUUAUUGCUGAGAUGGGUCUUUUGUGGGGUUUCUUUUGGAUGAUAAUGCUCAUAGUUCCCUCUUAUGUUUCUCUACUGAGAUUAGUUAGGCCUUUUGUGGGGUUUCUUUUGGAUGAUGCUCAUAGUCCCCCCCUUUUAUAUUUCUUUCUUUUGUUAAUACUCUUGCGAUUGGUGCUUUGGUCUUGUUUCCAUUGCACAGAGGCUUUAGGCUUUAAUUUUCUUUUGGGCAUAUUUAUAUGUUUGUGAAACUGCUUUCCUUGCCACGAGCCUUUGAACUGUGGUGAGAAUGGUAUAUAAUUUCCAUAGCAAAGAGACAAAGAUCAAUACUCAGUAUAUUGAUGUUGGUGUUACAGUUGGCUUUUACUUGAUGCAGUUGAACUGUGGUUGUAAGUUGUUACAUUCUUGAGAAAGGUCAUUGAGUUGCCCGAACUGGGAACUUGGGUCAAGUUUCUGGAAAUGGCAUUUGUGGUAAUGCAAUGGUCAAGUAAUAUUCGCUUUCA